UCUCCAGAGCUCAGCUGCUUCGCUGGUGGAUGAGCACGGAUACUCGUUGCGCUCAGCUCCCACCAGGCGUUGCCCAAACCAGUAAAGUGCGUUGCUCCCUGGAAGAAGACGACAGCCGUGAUGCCAGCUGGCUGGGGCUCCCAUGAGACAAUGAGGCCGCCGCGCAUCGUUUGGGCUGAUCUCGUGAUCCGGGUCCCUCUCCACCAGGGCCGGUCCAAAGUGGCACCCAAAGAGAUGCAAGACGCGACCUUUGCGGCAGCCAUGAAGCAGCACCAAGGAAGCGAGGGUCACAAUUUGGGCCAAAGGAGCAAGAGGACACAUCUGCCCCAGCGCUGCCAGGAUUGCACCCGAGGAGCCGAGGCGGAAGACAGAAGGGAGCCCAUUGCCCCGGCCUGCCAUGCAGUGCCUCCCUCAUCCGCUCCAGAAAAUGGAGACUCUCAAGAAAAACGUGCCGUCCGAACGAUCCUCGUCGACCUGAGACCCAUCCUGGAGAAAGCAUUGGAUCUCUCGGACUCUUCUCCAGGGAUGUCGGAGAGAGAUUCCCAAAACGAUGAAGAACAUAUGCAGAUGGAGAGUGGAGAUCUCCCCACUGAAGGAGGAGGACACAGCUCAGAGAUGGCCACUGCUGCUUCCAUAGAUACCAGCAUCCCUGAGGACACCUUGCCGCCGCUGCCCAGGGCUCCCUUCCGAGCACCCAGUGCCCACGCUGAGAGCACCCACAAGGCCUCUGAGAUCUGUCCUCAGUUGGACGACUCGACUGAGCUUGAGGAAACCACGCUGCUGGCUGCGUUGACCCAGGAACCGAAACUCAGAACAGCUGUUUCCUUGCCUAAGAUUACACCGCCAGAGCUAGGAGAAGACCAUCUAUUGCAAUCAAUCAAGCCUCCCGCCUCCCCCCCAGACUUCCAUCUCCCCACACAGCUGCUGCUGCAGAGGCUGCAGGAGACGACCACCAGCCGGCAUCACUCGCUGAUCGCGCAAGUCCUGAGUUCACUGCGGGAGGAACUCUUGAUGGAAGAGCAGCGGCUGCCUUUGGAUGGUGGGGACAAGGCAAGCCCCCUCCUGCAGCUGCCCAGCAUCAAAGCUCCAGAAAGGAAGACGGGAGGCCAGAAGGUGAAGCCUUUCAAGCCCAGCCAAGUGGCCACUGAAAGGAUGCUUGGCAAGUUCACCUGGCGCAGGUGCCACAGGUCUGUCUAUGGGGCCGGCUCAGCCCCACAAGCCACAGACCUUUGAGUUGCUGCAAGGUCUUUUAUUAAAGAUGAUGUUGCUGUUGUUACAAGACAAACAACUUAAGAUCAUUGGUUUCUAUGGGUCCAUUCUGACCCACAGAAGUUUUGCUGAUAACAGGGGUUUGAACUGAACUUUACUCAGAAUAGAACCCACUAAAAUUAAUCGACCCAAGCCAGUCAAUGUCUUUGGAUCUCAACAGCUCUACUACUCAAGCUGAA